AUGGAUCCAGUUGUAGACAAGAAAAAUCAUACAUUUUCAAAAUGCAAUAACAACCACUUGAUUACUUUGCAGAAUGGAAAAAAGGAAUCCUCCGGUGAACAAAUUAACGCAAAACAAACAUUAGAUUUAAUAGUGUCGAGAACAUUAGCAGAAGAUGGCGCAAAUGAAUAUGCUGAAGAAGGAUUAUCAGAAGAAGAGGAACAAGCUGUACAACAAGAAGGAGAAGAAGCUGCCGAGGGUGAGGAAAUCGCUGAAAUAGAAAGAGACGGUGAAGGAGAAACGGCCACAGUAGGAGAAGAAACUGUACAAGGCGAAGAAGUUCCCCAAGGUCAAGAAGUCACGAAGGGAGAAGAAACCGCAGAAGGAGAGGAAACUGUAGAAGGCGAAAAAUUCUUAGAAUAUGAAGACGUAACAACAUUCGUUGAAACUGUGGAAAAAAAAGAAGAAUCAAAAGAAGUAGAACCAUUAAGAAAACCACCAUUCAAACCAUUUUUUGCAGUGGACGAUAAAUAUUUGAAAACUUUGGAAGACAUUGCUCAAUCCUUUUUAAUGGAAUUACAACAGGCAUCAAGUACAUGUAAAGAAAAGGAUAAAACGAAGAACAAGAGGAAGAACAAGAACAAGAAAAACAAGAAGAACAAGAAGAACAAGAAGAACAACAAGAAGAACAACAAUCAUAACAAGAACAACAAGAGCAACAAGAAGAACAACAACAACAAGAAGAGCAACAAGAAGAGCAACAAGAACAACAACAAUCAUAACAACAAAAAGAAAAAUACAAUAAAAAAAGAAAAAACGAAUAUGAAGAUUCUAUGUAUUGAAAAAGACUAG